AUGACUUUUUCAGCCUUUCAAAAAUUUAUUCAUGACGAUGUCGGAAAAAUUACUGUCUCUGAAAUAAAUAACCUUAUAUCUCAAAAUAAUUAUUUAAGUCUUUAUGUUAAAGUUCUCGGUGAACAUAUUUCCUCUCUGGAUACCAAACUCGAUGAACUUAUUGUUCUGGUAACCCAGCUUAGUGCAAAAAUUAAUUCCGCUGAUAUUCCUUCUACUUCCAAACAACCUGUUGAUGAAGGUUUUAUUCUUUCAAAACCCUGUAUUCAACGACCUAUUGAAAUCGAUGGUUUCACACAAGACUCUCCAAUCGAUCAAUUAGAAAAACUCCUAGAUAAAAAAUUCUCGCACUUACAUAUUCAACCACUGAAUAUUUCAAAUGAGUUUGUUCACAAUCUUGAAUCCAACUUUGCGGAUGAUCUUGAUUCUUCUGACAAUCCAAGUAAGGUUCUCUCGACUGAACUUUACAAACUCAAAGGUAUUUUUAAACGACAGCCAGGGAAAAAAUACGCGGAUAUUCCCCGUAUGUCUACUGCCUAUUAUCCACGUCCUACUCCCCAAGAUGUUCUGAUAGAGGAACGGGAUUGGAAUCAAACAAAUACGUCUUAUAGCGGUGACGCUAUAUAUGAAUGGAAUAUUGACGGAUUAUCCGACCGACAAAUCUCUAUCCUUAUUCAUCGUAUGUCUAUGUAUGCUACAAUCGCGUUAGCCACUAAAUCCACUGGUUCUAGCACCACUCAAAAUGACCAAACAAUUUGUAAAAUGAUUGUUGCGGGUUUCACUGGUCAACUCCGAGGUUGGUGGGAUAAUUUUCUAGAUGAUACAAAACGCGAAGCUAUCUUUAAUGCUACAAAUGAUCAACCGGGGAAAGAUAAUCUUGGUCGUGCUCUCCCGGCAGGUAGAUCAGAUGCAGUCUAUACACUCAUGCUAACUAUUAUUGAACAUUUUGGCGGACGAUUUACCAAUCAAUACGAAAAUAUUCGAACCCUUCUCAAUGGUUUAAAAUGCCGCCAUCUAGGCGAAUUUCGUUGGUAUAAAGACACAUUUCUUAGUCGAGUCAUAGACUUACCCGAGAGUAAGUAUGAACAUUGGAAAGCUAAAUUCAUUGACGGUCUUCCCCCCCUAUUUGCUGCACGUGUUCGUAAAACUCUUAGAGGAUCUUAUGGCGAAAUUCCUUAUUCUGAAAAAACUUAUGGUCAACUAAUUGUAGCUUGUACACAAGAAGGCUUAGCCCUCUGUAAUGAGCUUAAAUUAGCUAGACAAGUCAAGCUUGAUAAGCUCAGAGAGAAAUCUCAAUUGGGCGACUUCUGUGAACAAUUCGGCAUGGAAAAACCCUUGGUUCAAAAAUCCCGAAAAUAUUCAAAAUCCAAAGCUUACUAUAAAUCCAAACACUCUAGGCAUCGGAGUAAGGAAGAGCGCGAAGCUCGAAAGUCCUUCCGAAAGUCUACUAGAUUUGCUAAAAAUCAUUCGAAGCGUGAUUUAGCAAAAAUCAAAUGCUAUAAGUGUAAUCAAUAUGGUCAUAUUGCUCCCAAUUGCAAAUUGCAAAAACUUAAGUCAUUAAGACUUUCUGAAGAAGUUCAUGACCAAGUCUAUAAUUUAUUAUAUACCUCUGACUCUGAAUCUGAUUCUACUUCUGAAAAUGAUUUUGAAUUACCUAAUUCAGGUAGUGAGCAAAAUCAGAAUAAUAGAUGUAAUGACUGUGAUAAUGAUUUGUGCAAUUGUGAUGAAAUGAUGUAUAAACUUCAAGCGCAAUUCGAAGACCUAGAUCUUGAUGUUAAAACUCUCACCGCUGAAAAUAUUCUUGAAUUACUUAAAGAAGUUUCGGAUGAAAAACUUCGUGAGAAAAUCCUUAAUCUUGCUACCCAAACAACUUCUGCUUCUUCUAGUACAUCUAGAGAUAACACUUUCGAAAAUCAACCUAUGUCUUAUUCUUUAGCUGAAGUAAAUCGGCGGCUUGCUAUAAGUAAAACUCCUGGUAGAGACACCACUUUUGACGAUUUGAAACUCGAAGUUGAAAAACUCAAAAAGGAAAUUAUUUCGCUACAACAAAAUCAGAUGGUUACUGAUCAUCGACUUUCAAAACUCGAAGAAACAACGAAAUUUUCAACUUCUUCUUCAAAAGGAAAAGAAAAAGAUUUUGAAGUCUCAAAAAAUUCUGAGGAUACUCUUCACCUUGAAAAUUACAAUACCGAAAAUUCGAAAAAUGAUUCUUUUCUAGGGAUGAUGCAAAUUGUCUCUUCCCAUAAGUGGUAUAUUAAUUGUACCAUAUUAAUUAAUAAAAACUUCUUUAUUACUAACGUUGCUAUGAUUGAUAGUGGAGCGGACGUUAGUUGCAUACAAGAAGGUCUGAUUCCUACAAAAUACUUUGAAAAAACUACUCAUGUUAUUAGAUCUGCAUCCGGACAUUCUCUUGAUAUUAAUUAUAAAUUGCCUAACACGCAUAUUUGUCAAGACAAGGUAUGUAUUCCUCAUUUCUUCUUCUUGGUCAAAAAUCAAAUUUAUCCGCCUAUUAUUUUAGGUACUCCUUUCAUAAAUGCCAUUUAUCCCUAUAAGCAUAUUGAUGCCAGAGGUUUUACGGCCACAUAUAAAAAUCAGCCAAUCUCAUACCCUUUUAUCACUCAUCCAGUCACUAGGGACAUAAACGCUCUUAUUAAUAUAAAGCAAAAUCAGCUUAAUUUCUUACAAUUAGAGAUAAUGAGCAUUAAUAUUUCCGACACCAUGAAAUCGGUUAAAAUAAAAGAAAAAAUAAAAACUAUUUCUUCCCAAUUAAUGCUUGAUAUCUGUGCUGAUCAUCCAAACGCUUUCUGGAAUCGAAAGAAACAUAUUGUUUCUCUUCCCUAUGAGGAAAACUUCAGUGAAGACAAGAUUCCUACAAAAUCUCGACCCUGUCAAAUGAAUACAAACUUGGUCGAAUUUUGCAAAACAGAGAUAGAUAGUCUCCUUCAAAAGGGACUUAUUAAACCCUCUAAAUCUCCUUGGUCUUGUACUGCUUUCUAUGUUAAUAAUGCUGCUGAAAAAGAACGAGGUAUUCCUCGGUUAGUUAUCAAUUAUAAACCUCUGAAUAAAGUUUUAAAAUGGAUUCGUUAUCCCAUUCCCAAUAAAAGGGAUUUACUUAUGGCUGAUCCCCUUUGGCAAAUAGCCAGAGGAAGAGGUCGAGGUAGAAAUCAAAAUCCUGCAUAUUUGCACCAUGGAGGACGAACGAAUCCUUCUUAUCCACGAAGUACCAGAAACUCUGCUUAUAGCACAACAAGUUCUAAUUUCCCUGUACUCCAACAUGGGAAUCGAACUCUGGUUAAUGCCCGAAUCUCUCAGGAGGCAUCGUCCUCACAAACUCCGAAUAUUAAUCUUGAUGAUAUUCCUGAAACUCAUCCUUUAUUCCAGCAGAUUAAGUCCUAUUUAUCUGAUCAAAAAAAGGCUGCAGAUUCCUUUGCAUCAGUCAUUACUGAAAAUGAAGAUAAACCUUCAUAUGAGAAACUCGAAGCAAGGGAACUCAUUAUUUAUCUGGAAAAUCAGCAUAUCCCCUCACAAGAAAACUCCGAAGAAGCAUGGAGAAUCUUAAAAAAUUAUUUAACCGCUAAUGUUUAUAUGGCAGGAGAAUCCUACAAAACACGGACUUAUUAUGAGCAAAUUUUAAUUAACACCGCCAGUGCAACUUUUGAGCACAGCCCUCUUGGUGAAUCCACCCCUGGAGUACAUGGCUACUCCAAAAUAGUCAUCAAAAAGCUCAUCCCUAUUGAAGAAUGGGGAAUUUCCUCUAUGACGCAACGAAGUCUUCCCAUGGGUCCGCAAGGACAAACUAUUGCCAACUUUACCUACUGGGAUUACAUUAAAGCUUUUACCUCUGUGUUAUACUACAAUAAUUACAAACAUAAACACACUUGGUUCAUCAAAAUCUGUCCUAAAGUCUUUGAGAAACCUAUUCCAAAUUGGUUUAUUCGUUGGUGGACAAAUCACGGCCCAUCGGUAAAAAUUUUGCCAACCGAAUAUACUUCCUUAUAUAACUCAUGGAAAAAAUCCUCUCCAUUUCUGACCGAAUUAUAUCUCUCUGACCAUAUCUGCAAAUUAGACACUAUCAAUCAAAUGUACUUUUAUAUCGAAUUCUCUAUUCCCUGGAUACAUCGUUGGUCGAUUGAAAUUGGUUACGAUUCACAACAAAUCCCAGCUAUUUAUCGGACUUUUUAUUGUAAUUUCUGGGAUAAACUGCUCAGAAUAGACCCCGACACCAAACUUCCCUAUGGACAUGACCAAAAGAAAGAAAUCAAGGAAAAAAUCUCCGCAUAUGAAAGAACACCCAAAAAAUCUAUUUUAAUUGAAGAUAAAUCACUCAAUUAUGUCUCUAGGAGAAUCUCUGCUCAUGAUGGAAAUAAGCUCCAACUCAUUGAAGAAUAUCUGGCCGAAGUCCGGGACAAAUUACUUCAUACAGUCGAACAGACUUCAGACACAUCUAUGAAUAGCACGGAGCGAAACACUGAUGAUAUCACGGAUUCCCAGCCACCAGAAACCCUGAAUGCAGACGAAGUAUUAGCCAACGCAGAAGAAUUUCUACGAUGGGGCCACAAAAAAUAA